CCACUUUUCUUUUCUUCUCUUACAAAGCUCAUUACCGUCCUAUACCCUCCUCAUCACACUUCUCAUCCCUCCUGCACUCCACACCCUAUUCCUUCAUCUCACAUCAGCAUGCGCUCUUUCGCAACAGUCGCGUCCUUCGUUGCCGUGGCCGCGUUCGGUCUUCUGGCCCCAACUGUCACUGCUCAGGAAUACGUCGAACCCUAUUCAAAGUCAGGCUCAGCCGGAGGAUUUAAGGAUUCGCUCAACUCACUCAGCUCCCUUGGUGUCGGACCAUACCCUUCCUUAUCUACCUCCACUGGUCUCGGAGGCGGUCUCCCACCAAUGUCAGUAGGCGCUACUGAGGAUCUUGGAAGACUCCAGAAGAGACAGUCCUGCAGCCCUGGCUACGGUAGCUGCGGUAACGGCUACUGCUGCCCUGUCGGUGAGUUGUGCUUCAACUCGGUGAAGGGGUGCUGUCCGAAGAACCUUCCCUGGAUGUGCGGUAAACAGUACUGCUGCCCUUACAACUCUUGCCUCUCGAACGGCCACUGCGGCUGCAAUAACGGUGCCUUCAGAUGUGGAAACAGCUGUUGCAAGUACGGAUGCAACUCAAGUGGGGACUGUGGAUGCCCCUCUAGCUAUCCCGUGGACUGCGGCAGUGAAUACUGCUGCCCUGCCGGUUCCGUCUGCGUGACUGGCGGCAAGUGCCUAGCCGGCGGCAGUGGCGGCGGCGGCUACAGCAGCGGGCCAGAGCCAUACCCUACUUUAACUCUGAACCCAACCUCCGGUUCAUUUCUAACUCCAACCUCAUCUAUCACGCCAACCUCACCUCCUUUGGUCCCAGUCCCCAUUCCAGGCGGCUCCAACUCUACUACCACUACAUCCAGUUCGUCAAAGCCGACAAUGUCCGUCCUUCCUAGCGACGCUGGCUCAAGCAAAGAUGCUUCAAAAUCUACCGCCAUCAUCAUUGCCGUUGCUGUUGCGGCUGCUUUGAUGAACUAAGUGGAGCCAUAAGCACUAUUGAAUAUGAAUAGUACAUAAUCAAAUUACUUACCCCCUCGUACAUGUAAAGCUAAUAAAUAAAUAAGAAGCAAAGCAAAGCAAAGCAAACCUGGUUUCAUGAGCGCCUGUUUUGUUCUUUCUUUUUCUCUCUGAAGGAAUUAAUAGGCUACAUAAAAGGGGCAUCGUAU